GGCAGGUCACUGGGCACAGGAUUUCCAGGAGCAGGCUGGGUAUCAGUUAUCGGCCAGUUUAACUGGACAUCAGGGGCUGACAUGUCGGGCUGUGUAGCGGGCAGAGGCACGUCAGCGGGCACCGAGUCAUCUGGCACGACAGCGGGCACAGAGUCACCUGGCACGUCAGCGGGCACCAAGCCUUCUACCAGAACCGCGGGUACCGGGUCACCAAGCUCGACAGCAGGCACCAAAUUAACUGGCACAACAGUGGGCACUGAAUCAACUGGCACGACAGCGGGCACCAAGUCAUCUGGCUCGACAGCGGGCACCGAGUCAACUGGCAUGACAGCGGGCACCGAGUCAUCAGGCAUCGAGUCAUCUGGCUCGACAGCGGGCACCGAGUCAACUGGCACCGAGUCAUCAGGCAUCGAGUCAUCUGGCUCGACAGCGGGCACCGAG